AAUCGACAAAAAUUGGAAAAAGCUAAAUUUAUAAAAUUUUAUUUUGUUUUCAUAGCUUGUUAAAUAGACUGUCAUCCUGUUCAGUAAGUUUAUAAAUGGUAAGACAACUAAACAAGAUGACUGCCAAAGUAAAUUCAUUCAUUCUUCUGCUGUUGGCAGUUAUUAUUUUGCAAACUGAAGCACAGUUGUACAACAUUGAAAGUUCAGGUUCCCUCGGUGGUGCUCCUGUUGGUCUUUAUCGAAGGACUAGUUUGGGGCGAGAAGAAGAAAACAUCGCUUCCUUGAGUGGUGCUAAAGUUGGUGUUUACAGUAAGCGAGAGCGAUUCCAGCCACAGUUUAUCCCAGUGCCAUACGGAAGCUUCUUUCCUAUUUCUGGACUGAAAAGAUUUCGAUAUUUACCUCCACGAGUUCAACCACAACCAUAUAGCGGCGUUCCGCCACCACCACCACCUCGGGUCGUUACACAGUCACCACUACCAAAACGUCCAGCAGCAGCGUCAAAAUCUGGAAUUGGCCCACGAGCUCUUGGACUCGGAUCAUUGCUUGGUGACGUACUGGGUGGUUUAGGUUAACCUGCAUGUCUUUACCUUCUGCAAAUCUAACACAAUUAUCUUUUUUUCCUGAAUACUCUAAAUUUAGGAAAAAAAAAAAGAAAACAGUUACGAAGUUCUCUGUCUGAUUUAUAAAUGCUCAUCCUUUAUGCCGACUACAAAUAAUGCAAUAGAAAAGAAUAAAAUAUUUACAAAUUCUAAGAUAUUAUGACCAAAAUUUUACAAAUAAAUAUUGUAGCUUAUAAUUAUUGUGUACUUAAUAUAUUUAGUGUUUUCCAGUUUGUUUUAAUGCAUUUGAUUGAUUAUAUACCUUAAAAAUUCACAUUCUUUCCCGUGCUAGAAAUAAAGUAACAAAAACUUAGCUUUGAAGAAAUAUUAAAGCAUACAACGUUGUGUAUCAUACUAGUGGGCUGCUAGUGGGCUUGCCUACUGACUCGCCUUCUGAAGACACGCCAGCCCCUUCAAACCCCUGAAAUUUUAGCAAUUAAAAAAAUUAUAAUAGUAACCAUGUUACAAACACACUAUAGAUAUGAAAAUCAAAUUGAAGAAUUAGCAAUAUAGUUAUGCACCAAACUGCAAUCCUCAUUUACUCAUCGCAUUAAUGAUUUACAGUAUAAAGGUUUCUCAUUUACACAAUCUUUAGGUUGGACUGGUUUUAGUAGAUUAUGGUAAAGCACACUAAGGCUAUCAGCCUAAUGGGGAAGAUGUCUUCGUGGAUGAUUUUCUAAGAGAAACUGGCUAGUAUGCACGUUACACAUCGACAAAACCACGAAAAUUCCUAUGCAGCCAGCCCGUUCGUCUGGAAUCGAAGUCAGGUCGGAACUACCAGUUUUCAGGGAUUUUACUUCUCGGCUGCUAGUGGGCCUACACUUGUUUUUGGAAAGUGUUCCUAAAGCGUAUUUCAAAUUUUGUUUUUAAAUGCAACCAAUCUCUUCAUUUAGUUACUGUAAUUCAAAUUUCGGAAAAUUUAGAAAUAUGUUACAACUUUAUAACGCAUGUAAUGUUCAUAUUAUCAUACUGGCUCGGAUAUAAAAUAAAGAUUUUUUUCUCCUAAAAUCUCCCUUGGAAAACCUUUACGUAUUCUAUAUUUGUAGCCUAUUUACUUCCUUUUAUACUCAUGCAUGAAAUUUAGACAAUUUAAUUACCUUUUUUGCAGAAGACUCUCAGAAAUGAAAUUUAUGAGGUAGUCAUAUAUGCAAGAUCUUUUUCCCACUCGUAAAUAGUUUCCAACAAUGUAGGAUCAUAUUAUACGUGACGCCUCUAAUACUAAUAAUACUAAAAACUAACACUAAAAAUAUAAAUAGAAUGUCUGAGUGCGUUCAGAUUUUUAACUUUCGACUGAAGGAGCUCUUUUAAAGUUCAGUAUGGUUUGAUCAUUAAAGAUGGCCCUGGUGGAAUACGGAAACUUUUAAUAGAAUAUUAGCUGAAUCUGCAUUUAGACUUGAAUGGGAAGGUUGCGUACCAUUUGUAUAUUUGAAAAGUGAAAAAAUAUAUGAAGUAAUUUUAUAAAAAUAUUUAAUGACUUUAAUUAGAUAUAUCAUGAAUUAAACGCAAUUUUAUUUAAAUCACUCAGAUUAAAAAGGUAAUAUUCUUAAGAACAGUAUCUACUGCUUUUAAAUAGCUGCUUUUUUUUCAGUCAAUAACAGACAGACUAAAUUUCAAAGAUAAAAAAUUUACCUUUUGCCGAAUGGCAACAGACUCGAAUGAAGAGUGAAAUAGCGCAUUUGCAGUAGACAUGCCGCCCAACCGGUAUAGUGGUUAGCGUUGCUGACUACCGUGCCGAAGGGUCCGGGUUCGAAUCCCGGAGAAGGCAUGGAUGUUUGUAUAUGUUUAAUAAAAAUUUGUAAAAAACGUUUGUUGUUAAUUUCAAUAUCAACCCUCACGAAUUGGAGGAAACGGCGUUCGCCAAAGUCCUCAUCAUCUUUCUUCUUGUCUAAAAGGCAAGAUUGAUACUGAUACUGAUACUGAUACAGUAGACAUUUAAACUGAAUCUCAAAAUCGUGUUUCGAGAUUUUUAG